CGGAGGUGCUGUCAUUCAGUUGCUCACCGUUUUGAGUUUUGUCAUUAUUUUAUCGGUAUUUCACAAGGUUACACGGAAAUAUAUCAAAUAUUAAAUAAUGGCAGAUCAAAACAUUGAACCGGUAUCUAAUGACGUGGAAAGUAAUUACUCCACCCCUGCAAAUGAUCCCAAAAACAUGCAGGAGGUGACACAAUACGUACAGUCACUUCUCCAGAAUAUGCAAGACAAGUUCCAGAGCAUGUCAGACCAAAUCAUCAACCGGAUAGAUGAGAUGGGGUCCCGGGUAGAUGAACUAGAGAAGAAUAUCACAGACUUGAUGACACAAGCUGGCGUCGAGAGCGAAAAGUAGGCGCCACACCAGUCAUUUAAGACGUACUUCUUCACCUUGUAAUCACCCAAAGAUAAUAUCAUACAUGAACUGCAAGAAACUAACCAUAUUAUCCAUAAUUAACCAUAUUAUCCUUCCUACUAUUCCACUCUGGGAUAAGGCUUGAAUCACUUAAGAAUAGUAAGACAGACUGUAAUUUUUAAUUUCCAUAAAUGUAAUUUUUAUAAAGCCAUUGAUGUACUGUGUCAAAACAUUUUCUGAUAAUAAGUGUAAAUUGUGUGUAUUUGUGAUUGCUCAUAAUUGGCAUAUACAACUAUUAUAAAAUUGUUCCAUAUAUUUUAUGAACAUUUUUAAUCAAGUACUUGAAAUAGUCUCAACCGCAAAUCAUAAAAUACACUAUUUUAAAGAUAUAAAAUCUUAAAAAGUAGUUACACUUUUAAAACAAUUUGUUUAAGUUAGAGAUAAGAUUUACUUUUGAUCACAGUAAAGUGUGGUGAGUGCAAAAUGUGAGUAAAUGUAGAGUAUUCAGUGUUCAAUGUUUGUAAAACCUACAGUUUACUGAUUAUUUAAUAAAAUUGUGCAAGUAAUUGUUUAAGAGAUAAAUUCCUCACUCCCUUUUGAAGCCCAAGCAUGUUAUAGUAGAAUUUUGUGCAAGCAAAAAUCCAUUAGUAUGUUUUGAAUAUAACUCCUAUAAAUUUCUAAUUCAACUGUAUUGAUACAAUUUUAGUAUGUAAAUCUGUCAAUAGAUCUAUUAAAUCUGUUCACUAUAUUGUGUCCAUUUUUAUCAAAUAUUUGGUAAACUUAAAUAACUAAAGGUAACAACCCAAUUGUAACAUGUAUUAAUUAUGAAUACUUGUAAUUUUAUUUUGUAAUUAUAUGUUUAUUUGUAGAUA